AUGCAGCCGCCACCACCACCACCACCAGCUCAUCCUGGCGGGCUUGGUCUUCCCAAUGUGGACCGCGGUCCCGACAUCAUCAUCGCAACCACAAUCGUCACAAUCGUCGCUUUAAUCACGGUCUUUGCACGCUUGUACGUGCGGGUCUUUGCGAUCCGCAAUGUUGGACUGGAUGACUACACAAUGCUGCUGACAAUGGUGCUGUCCUUCACAGGUUGGGUGGUCACCAUCUUCGAGGUCAAAAAAGGAGCCGGAAAACACCACGUUUACGUGGGUAGUCCUCAGCAGAUUGCUGACGCGUUGCAUCUGAAUUUCGUAACGCAGGCUAUCUAUCUCUGGGCCAUUGGGCUGGUCAAGGUUGCCAUUGGGUUAUUCCUUGUUCGGUUUGCAUUGAAGAAGAAGUAUAAGAUUUUCAUUUGGGUUGUCAUUGUUGCGAUGGCCAUCUACACGACGAUAUGCUUCCUUACCCUCGUCUUCCAAUGCCACAACAUCAACACCGUCUGGGACAUGCGUGUUAAGUCCAAAUGUUUUUCUCCGGUCCAACUACUCACUCUCAGCUAUACAAAUACCGCCCUGAAUAUUCUCACCGAUCUCAUCUUCGCCUUUCUUCCUGCUAUCAUGUUCCGCAACCUGCAGAUAAACCGCCGCCAGAAGAUAUCCCUGGUGGGUAUUCUUAGCCUAGGUGUCUUCGCCUGCGCAGCGGCUAUCGUCAAACUAAAAUUCCUAUCAAACUACGGCAAGACCGGCGAUGUCCUCUGGGACUCAGCCAAUAUAACCAUCUGGGUCGUAGUCGAAUGCAACACAGGCAUAAUAGCGGGCUCCCUCCCAACCCUCAAACCCCUUUUCAAACGCUUCCCCUCCACCUACGGCUCCAACUCCUACCGAUACCGAUCCUCCGGACAGAAGAAAUACAUCUUCACGACCUCCGGCCGAUCCGAAAACCAUGGUCUACAAAGCCUCUCCCGGAACCGCGAUGUUGGUAGCCAUGCCGGGAAAUCAGGAUCGCGAUCGCGGUCUCAGUCCGGACGGGGGAUCGACAUCUUAGACAUGGACGGUGACCUGGAAAUGAAUGCUCCGGGUGGUAACGUGAAGCAGGCGAAUCUUACUUUUAUCGAGUCAGCGUCUAGCUCUGGUAGCAAUGACAACGAUCACGACCCUGACCGCGGGCAUGUCUCCGAUGGGCAUAGUGAGCGGGGCAUUCUUCCUUCCGCGGCUGCGCCGGGAGUGGGGAUUGUUUGUACGACGACAACGGAGGUGAGGGUUUCGGAGCCUGCCGAUGAGCAUAGGAUUGUGCCUACGUGGAAUGGCAUGGGAUAUCAUAUGCGAUGA